AUGAAGCUCCAGCCGCUGGUGUGCGCGGGGAUCCUGCUGCUCGCCCUGCUGCCCUGCCACGAGUGCCGAGCGCUCAGCAAGAGCCCGGGAGCCGCCCGCGGGGCUCUGCAGCAGCCCGAUUUCUUCCCGCAGCAGCAGCAGCAGCAGCAGCAGCAGCAAACUCUGCCCGUCCUGCUCCGCAUGGGAGAGGAGUACUUCCUGCGCCUGGGUCACCUCGCCAAGCGUCCCGCCGGCCCUUUCUCCGCUUCCUCCGGCGGCCACCUCCAGCCCGAAGCCUCCGCAGAGUUGUUGCGGGCGGCCGCGGCGCAGCUGCAGCGGUCGGGGAGCCCCGCGGGGGGCGAAGGAGCGGGGGAGGCGGUGGAGAGGGAGAAGCGCUCCGAGGAGCCGCCCAUCUCCCUGGACCUGACUUUCCACCUGCUGCGGGAGGUGCUGGAGAUGGCCCGCGCCGAGCAGCUGGCGCAGCAAGCCCACAGCAACAGGAAACUGAUGGAAAUCAUCGGGAAGUGAGGCGGCCCCCCCGCGCCGUGCCAAAGGGACCCCGCGGUCAGCACCAGAGCCAUCACACCGCCCGACGUACCAUAGUGCUGCUCUGAUGUCAUCUCUUUAUUUUUAUAGAGCUUCGAACCCCGAAGGGCGCGCUCCGAGCCGCCGCCCCCCCUCAGCAUGCGCGGACGCGCGGUGCCGCCGGGCCCCCCACUCCCCCCGACCCUUAUUUAUUUCUCCAUUUCCCAUAGCGAGAGGGCUCC